CCCUUAACCAAGAAAACGAACAGCCACAUCUCGAGAGAACAUAUGAUUCUCUUUCCAUCGAAGAAAAUGGCACAAAGACUAUCGGCGAAUCGACAUUCCUUUCAUUCCUCUAGAGCUCUGGGCUUCUUCCACCUACCAUGACACAUGCAGGAGUCCUUAUCUACCGAAGCAUUCUUUACCUUUCUCAAGCGCCAUUCCGCUAUUCGAACCCGAAAUCGUUGACAUUCGAUAGCCUCAUGCGAGCAAUUGUAUGGAUGGACUUUGAGCGAUCUCAAAACGUCUAUGACGAGAGUGCGGAUACUCGGUCCAGAACACCGGCUGACUCAAGGAGACUACUCUUCCAGAGAUUUGCCACUACCCAUGAUGGUAAUAUCUUACUAUUCAAUGCUAAAGAUGCGAGGAAGAAGGCCCAACGUAGAGCCUUUGAAUUCCCUGGUACGAUCAAUGAAGCUCAACGCCAGAAAUUUGCAAAAAUCAACUUCGAUGAAGAUGGUGAUGAGAUGCUUCACGACGUCUUGGAUGCUCUCUUUGUCGCUCAACCGACUCUGAUCUGGAUGGGUCCUAUUACCAGGGAUGCUUUUCGGCCGCUGGCAAAGGAGCUUCAUGGAGGAGAGUCUCUUUAUCAUCUUAGCAUUCCUCAAAAGGAGUUUCGAACGGCCGUGAAAUUGCUCCUGUUUACUUAUUUUGGGCCACCAACUAUUCCAAUUGAGCAGCUUUCCAAUUUGGACCAUGUCGUGAACUGCCUUGUCAGAUCAUUUGUUCAAAUACCAGAUGUUGGAAUCACUUGGGACAUGUUUGAUCAGGCUGUUAGUAAGGCAACGCCGGAGCUAUUUACUGGCCUUCAUCAUCUCCUAUAUCCCUUCUAUCAACCCUCGGAUGCACGGAAUAUCGCCGGCUGUCUUUCUCAGCAGGGGAAAGUAGCCUCCCUACCUGUCCUUGCUCAACUGGGCUCGAUUUUCUCCUACCAUGUCGCCUUUAAAGGCCUCAAGCUCCACGGAUAUUAUGACACCUCGACUGCUCCCAUCACAGCUUCUGCUCUCGCGGACCAAAUUACUGCAAUUGUGAAUGAUCCCGUGAUUGUCUUGAUUUCAGGUAAAAUCACCCACACAGACGAAAGGGCCAUCUUCGGUUACCACCGUCCCUUGUCUGACCUGGUCGCUCCAUGUGUUCUAUUUGAACUCAGCCCCAUCCAUGACGCGUUUAGUGGGAGUGACAGCAACCUGCUAGGAGGAAAGAUUAAUGGUGGUGAUAACCUGGUCUGUGGGGAAAAGGAUAAUGGAGUGGCAUUUGUCCUGCACAACAAUCUUAGACACUUGAAGUGUCGCAUAAAGUCUCUGGGCAGAAUGAGCCCAUGUACGGCGCAACUGAAUGGCGAGGUGAUUGGACGGCGAAUUUAGAAGUAGAAGAGGUCGAGAUAUGGACUGAAGUUGAGCCAUGAUAUUAUCAUUUAUUAUACGUUAGGUAUGAAUAAUUACGCAUCUGGA